CUGCUUAGAGUUGACGUUGAUGUUCAGUGAAGGGGUUAUCUAAUUUCUAAGAUUUUGUGGUUUAUUACAAAAAUCAGCUUCAAAAGUUUCUAAAAUAAGUUAAAAUGCAAUAAUACAUAUCAAAAAUAGAAUGAUCGAAUACUCAGUACCGAAAUGUCAUGGAUAUCUGGGUUUGCUGACAAGGCUGAGCAGUUAUUGAUAAAAAUAGACCAAAAUGCAGCUGACAAACUGCAGAAAAAGAAAACUGUAAAACCUUUGGAGGAAACAAGGUUAACUGAAGUUACUACUGAUCCCAGCCCAGUCCUGAGAAGGCACAAGUUAACACCGCCACCUACACCGGUGAAGAAGUCUCUGCCACUAGUCAAGUCAGCUCCUGUCAUGGUCAAUCAGUCUCAAGAGGAAGAUAAACUUAUUGAGUUCCUCAAUGACAACUCCAAACCUGCCACUCAGACGGAUGGAAGCAAAACUGACAAUGCAGUUGAAGACAACAGCCAAGGUCAACUGGAGGCGGAGAAGCAGAUGUUGAAGAACGAAGUGAGAGUGCUGAACAAUGAGUUGUCUUUGCUGCUGCAUCGAACACGAGCUGCUGAGAAAGAAGCAGAGACUCUGAAAGCAGAACUCAGCAAUGCAGAGACAGUUCGACUCAACCUGCAAGAUGAGAUGAAGGCUGUCAUGUCCCAGCUGAGUUCUCUCCAACAUCAACAUCACACUCUGGUUGCGGACAAGAGACAGCUAGAGGAGCAGAGAGAGACUGUGACGGGGGAGGAGAACAGGUGCAAGUGCUGCAGGAACAGAUCCGACAACUGCAAGACCAGAACAACUCUCUUACUGAGAGUGUCAGUGUCAAAUCAUUGCGUAGCGAGUCACGUCUUCGUCACUGGGAACAUGUGCCUGCAGGCUCAGGAGCGACAGUGUGGAAGAGUGGAGUCAGCGAGGCAGCAGCAACAGCUGGAGUGUGACUCGUUGACUCAGCAGCUGACGCAGUUGCGCGCAGAGUUGGACCAAUACCGAGCGAGAGCUCAGCGCACUCUCAACGACAAGGAGGCUCUCAUCAGCCAACUCCGGGCCAGCAACUCAGAUGCUUCU